AUGUCUUACCCUGACGAUGGAGUACACACCGAGACGUCGAGGUCGCAGGCCGAGACCGAGCAAAAGAUCACGGCAACCAUGGCGACAACACCUCCGAGUCCGCCCAAGACGCUCAACCGAUCCGCCCAUGCUUCCUUUCUCGGCCGACACCUCCUCUCCCUGCCCUCGGCCUACAUCUCCCUCGACGCAUCCCGCCCUUGGUUGACGUAUUGGUCACUACACGGGUUCGACCUCUUGGGGAUAGGCUUGGACGAGGAGAUGAAACGACGGGCGAUCGAGACGGUCUUUUCGUUUCAACACCCUACAGGCGGGUUCUGUGGUGGGCCUCCUCCGGGUCACCAGCCGCACUUGUUGCCGACGUAUGCGAGCGUGAUGACCCUGGCCAUCUUGUGUGGCGAUCAUUCGAAAAAGGGUGGAGGGACGAGCGAGAUGGGCAGAGCGGCUUGGGCGAGACUCGAUAGGAAGGGAAUGUACGAGUUUUUCAUGCGGUGCAAGCAGCCCGACGGAGGGUUCGUCGUCUGUGAGGGCGGAGAAGUGGACGUGAGGGGGAUCUAUUGUCUGCUCGUCUGCGCGACUCUACUUGACAUGCUCACCCCAGAACUCGUCGAGGGUACCGCCACGUUCCUGAAAAACUGUCAAACGUACGAAGGAGGAUUCGCCUCGGCUUCGUUCCCCUCUUCAAACCCGUCCGUCUGCCCAGCCUCGGCCGAAGCUCACGGUGGAUACACAUCCUGUGCCGUCUUUUCCUGGUUCCUCCUCCAACCCCUGCUACGCAGGAACGAGAAAGUGCAAGAACGACAAGCUUCGUCCAUCGACAUCGAUGCCGUGCUCCGAUGGGGGGUCAUGCAACAGAGUUACGCCGUCGAGGGAGGUGGGUUUAGGGGGAGAACGAACAAGCUCGUCGAUGGGUGUUAUGGAUGGUGGGUCGGAGGGCUAUUUGCCGUGCUGGACAGCGUAGUCCAGGGGGAAGAAGAGGCCGAAGAAGCCGUCGUCGCCGAGCCGGACGUCACUGCGACGGGGACAUUCACAAGCGGAACGCAGAUCCAGGACGGCGACAAGGACGAAGGGAAGACCAAGGGAGACUAUGUGCUCGGAGAUGGGGGUGAAUGGGAAGAGGUACAAGGCAGGGACAUGUUGUUCAACCGGACGGCACUACAAGAGUACAUCUUGAUCGCCGCUCAGAGCGACAAGGGCGGAUUGAGGGACAAGCCUGGAAAAUCCCCAGACUUGUAUCACACCGCCAACAACCUCUCGGGUCUAUCCUCGGCUCAACACUUGGUCCGACACCUUCCGUCAAAAGUGCGCGAGUUGGAGUCGCAUUGGAAACCGUCGCAAUGCCCGUCCUGGUUGACCGAACGGACAAAAGAGACUGAAGCAGAGAGUCAGGAACGGCGUCGUUCGAUAUGGGCGCAUUCUAGAGGUUGGGUCGAGGACGAAGAGAGUUAUCUGGCAGUAGGGGGCGAUGUCAAUAGGGUGAACACGACGAGUCCGGUCUUCAACGCGCUAUUAUUGCGAGUCCGGCCGAUGGUCGACUUCUUUUACGGUCAGGACGCAGAUUGA